AUGUACCUGAAACUCUCGGUCAUCGCGGCACUGGUUGCCGUAGCCACCGCAGCACCCUCCACAACCACCACCGCCGCCGCCACCCCUUCAUCCGUCGCUGCCCCUAUCAUCCCCCUCCCCCCCUUCAGCGGCACCCUCGUCGGGGCCUACCCUACCCAAGACAAAAUCGCUCCCACCGACACCCCACUUGUGAAGCAAUGGCUCGCAGAACUCAACCUCACCUCCGUUGCCACCUGGCCCGUCGUCCCCUUCACUGCCGGAGGCGAUCCCCAGAACCCUAAAGCCAUCCCGGAAGCGGCCUGUGAUUGGACCGAGACCAACUGUAUCAAUAAGGAUAUCACGACUUGUCCAUUGGGUGUUUGGGGCUUGACUUAUGAUGAUGGCCCAACCGAGUUCAGUGGAAAGCUGUACGAUUUCUUGGAUACCACAGAUCAGAAGGCGACCCUGUUUUAUAUUGGAUCAAAUGUUGUUGAGAACCCCGCCUUGGCUAGGAGGGCUUGUGGGGCAGGACAUCAAAUUGCUGUCCAUACCUGGUCGCAUAACCCAUCGACUAGUUUGACGAACGAGCAGUUUAUUGCUGAGAUCAAGUAUACCGAGAUGGCGAUUAAGGAACUCUGUGGAUUCACUCCUCGUUACUUCCGCCCCCCAUACGGUGACAUCGAUGACCGUAUCCGCGGCCUCCUCUGGGCCAUGGGCUACACAUCCGUCAUCUGGGACUAUGACACCAACGACUGGAUGAUGGCUCCCGGCGGAACCCGAACCAUGGCUCAAGUCGACGCCGCCUUUGCCCAGUGGAUCGCUGUCGCACCCACCGACAAGACUGGCCAUGUGACCCUCGAACACGAGCUCUACGCCAACACCGUUGCCGCCGCGAUUGAAAACCUCCCCAAGAUCCAGGCCACCUGGAAGGCCAUGCCUGUCUCGGCUUGCAUCAACGAUGCUCAUCCUUACCACGAGACGAACAUUACAUUGGCCACUAUGAAUGGUGCCAAGGCUGGUAUUAGCACUGGAAACACGACAGCGUCUGCUACGGUUUCUGUUGGCGGAGCGACGGCGACUAGCUCGGCUGGCUCUUCAACGGCCUCGGGAAGUGCCGAUCAUAGCACUAGCGCUGGAACUGUUUCGAAUGUCGUUUCUUCUUCCGUCACCGUCAUGGCCGCUGCUGCUGCCGUCGCUCUCGGCCAAAUGCUCUUCUAA